GCAACGUAAGGGCAACUGUGUUAGCUGGGGUAGGCCAAGUAGCGAGCGUUUUGUAAAGAAAUUAAAACGGGUCGCACCAUAACGUUUAUUUGCAAUCACACAAAUGCUCCCAAAUAUAUUUUGAGGCAGCACAGGGCAAUGUGGUCGCAAUUUCGAGGCCUGUUUCAGGGAGAGUUCACGUGGCCGUGGACAAUGCGUUUUGCAAUUGUGCAUCGAUAUGAUCUAUGUUCUACCUCUCGGGCUGCUUAAGAAUGGUAGGGAUUCCAGCUCUCUGGACUAUGCACUACAGCACUAUGACUUGCAGUAAGGGGUAGUGGCUUAGUGUUGAUAUCCCUGACAAGUACACCACAGUUAUAGUUACCCUCAGCUUAUUUUCUUAAGAUCCCCCACCACCCACACACAUACACACACACUGUCUCCCCCUCUUUCUCCUCCACCUUUUGGUCUCUCUGUAUGUGCUGUCUUCUCACUGUCUGUGUGCAUGGAAAUGGAUGGUGUGGAGGACAGUGUCAAUUCUGCCUACGUGCCUGUUGCUCUCCACCCUCACAUGUCUGAGGACGAGGAGGCUGAGGGCCAAGGCCCCGAUGUAGAUAGGGCUCCACUCUUGCCCAAACACCCCACAGGGCCUCUGGCUGUCCGUCAUAGCCCAGAAGACUCAUACUGCAUGGUAUAUGCCAUAUUCUUCCUCAUGGGAAUUGGCUCCUUACUGCCGUGGAACUUCUUUAUAACAGCUAAACAGUACUGGCUGUUCAAGUUGAGCAAUGGCUCUGACCCUGCUGGACACAUAGAGCCUCGCUCUGACCUCAGCGACUAUUUUGAGAGUUAUCUAGCCAUCGCCUCUACUGUGCCGUCUGUGUUAUGUCUUAUACUCAACUAUCUGCUGAUUAACAGGCUGUCCCCCGAUGUACGAAUCCUGUCCUCCUUGUUUGUAAUCUUGGUGGUGUUCAUUGUGACCACUGUGAUGGUAAAGGUGGAUGUGUCAGGCUGCAUCAGCCAGUUCUUCACUGGGACUAUGGCCAGUGUGGCCCUAGUCAGUGGAGCCUCUAACCUCUUCUCUGGCAGUAUGUUUGGAAUCAGUGGACAUUUUCCUAUGAGGAUAUCGCAGGCUCUUAUAUCAGGCCAGGCAAUGGGGGGCACCAUAAGUGCUGUAGCAUCCGUGUUGGACCUGGCUGUUGCCAAGGACGUGACAGACAGUGCCUUUUUUUACUUCCUGACUGCUGAUAUGUUCAUCCUGCUCUGCAUCAUCAUGUACCUGAUUCUGCCUAAGCUGGUUUAUUCACGGUACUACAUGUUGGCAAGUUCAUGUACCAGUCCAGGAGCUCUCUCAGAGGGAACUCUGCCCCACGAAGACACUGAUGGGUUGAGGGCAUCUGCAGGCACAGUGCCUCCUCUAAGGCCCAUCCUGAGGAAAACUUGGGUACUGGGUCUGUGUGUCUUUUAUGUGUUCUAUGUCUCCAUCAUGGUCUUUCCUGCUGUCUCCUCGGGCAUUCAGUCAGUGCACAAGGACACAGGAAGUCCCUGGACUAACACUUACUUUGUGCCACUCACUAGUUUCUUCCUCUACAAUGUGGCAGACUUCUGUGGGCGGCAGGCCACCUUCUGGCUACAGGUGCCUGGUCCGACCAGCAGGUGGCUUCCUACCCUAGUGGUGUUGCGUACCAUCCUGAUCCCCCUCCUUAUGUUCUGUAACUACCAGCCCAGGGACCACUUUCACACAGUGCUGUUUACCCAUGACCUCUUCCCUGUGAUCUUCACCUGCCUUCUGGGUAUUUCUAAUGGCUACCUUGGCACCCUGCCUAUGAUCUAUGGGCCCAAGGUGGUGCCACAGGAGCUGGCAGAGGCCACUGGGGUGGUCAUGUCCUUCUUUCUAACUCUAGGAUUGGCAUUGGGCUCAGCCUUUUCAGUGAUCAUCGUCCACUGCAUUUGAACUUAGUCUGAACAUUAAACAUGGUUACCGCUCAAUAUUUAUAUGGAACUGUGCAGAAGCUAAGUUGGCCUAACAAAGUUUGAUGGAGGACUUCUUUAUGAAAAGCAAUACUACUGUACAGGAAAUGUAUUUUACCACCAAUAACACAAAACCUUGUUAUUGGUUAUGACUGACUGAGGGCAUAAAGGCAUUGAAACGAUGAACUCUAAAUUCAUACUCUAAAGGACACACUUCAGGGCUGUUAUGUGCAAUUUGACAGGACCGUACCAAUGUUCCUGGAAUAAGUGCUCCCUCUUCUGGUUAAUGCUUGAUGCAUGGUGAACCAGCCAAGCGCGUAUCAUGAGUAUGAGGUGUAUCUUCAGAGAACCCAUGGAAGUGACUACAGCUCAUUUCACCCCAUGAUGCAGUUGUAUGCAUGGGUGUAUUUUAAUGUAGUUAUGACAUUUAACCCUUUUGGUCAUUUCAACAGAUGUGUUAGGUCUGGUCUGCUGGUGUUAUGCAUGUCCUGAUUUGAUCAUGGAAUUUCACUCAGUUUAAUAAAACUAUUCCAUCAACA